AGCGGUUAACACGACGAACAACGCACUAUCAAAAUGCGUAGUCGCCAGGUUUGUCCCUCACAGUUUCACCGUAGAUGAAUGGCGCUGUCAUGUCGGCCCCCAUCAUGGUAAGUCACUCUAAAGUUCGACUUAUUACUACACAUACUAGACUAUUUUAGUAAGCUUUACCAUAAUAAGUGACAAGUAUACACAUACAUGAAUGAAUGAAUAUGAACACGUGUAGCAUUUUUUCUGCAGGAAUGUAUGUUUUUUUUCUUUAAUUUCUCUCUAUUCAAGAAGCUGCUGAGAGAAAAAGACUCAUAUCAUUCAUGGUCUCUUUCUGUCUAGUCUCUGCACAGAUGUUACCAGCGUUCAGCCCUCCUCUUCACUGCGAGGCGUUUAUUGAGCUCUAGCUCAGUGUCGCCUCCUCCUCUGCACAGGAGACUGCUCCUCUACCUUACCCAGCGUUUCUAUGAUGUCGAGUUGUUCCUGAGCUGGAGGUUUCAGAAGAAGAGGGAAAGGCUUGAGGGGAAGAAUGCGUAAGGAACCUUUUUCUUGUCUCACACUAAAAGCUUGCAUCCAGACCUGUGCUGCCAGUCUCUUCUGGUGGACUCCUGUUGAUGCAGUAUUUACAUUUUAUAUGAAAACCUGCACAAAAUGCUGUGGGUAAAGUCGUUAUUGUAUGGUUUAUUAAAGAAUUGCAACAUAUUUUUCAUGACUGAUUAGUGCCUUUCCUUUCCUUUUACAGUUAUUACGGCUACACUAAGAGACACCACGGGCCAGACAUAGCAACAGCCUAUUAUAUCCUGAGUAUGAAGGGUAGCCUCAGGUAAGUCCCUCACCUUAAGCAGUCAUUUCAGCCUGGGUCAAACUUCCCCCAGGAGCUUUCGUUCUCACUUUUUAUAUUACGAUUUUUUUAUGUCUGUAGGGGGUUAAACACAAAUACUUGAUCAAGAUAGAAAGCAGAAUUACACAUGGUUAAACAAAUUGACAUAAAUGUCUUGUAUUCUUAAAACAUCAAAAAUGUAGUUAAUACUUGUUGAGAAAUGUCAGAGUAAUAUUAAAAACAAAGUGUCUCCGAGGCUUAACACAGGCAGAUGCAGGUCCAUCAGCAGAAUUAUAUAUUUAGUAUUUUUUCUGUGCCUUUUGCAGAAUGACCUCUGAUGUGUACCACAGAUCUUCCGUGUCAUUAAAACCAUGACGCUAUGGUGCCAGAAUUUCUGUUACUACAAUAACUGAUAAUGAUGAGACAUUAGUUAAUGAAAUUAUAGCAUUUUACAUCCGAUUUGAAGCCAUAACUCUUAUUAUAACACACCUGUGGAGUAUCAGUUCAGCCUGUUGUAUUGCUUUGUUGGACGACUCUCAGGUCCGUCUUGGAAAAUAGAUCUCUAAUCUCAAUGGGACAAAUGUAAAACAGAGUAUUGAAAAGACAAGUUAUUUGUUUUAAGAUUUUAAUACAUAAUUUACAAAAUUUUUGUGGUAUACUGGAGUUACUGGGGAAAUCUUCUGAUGCAAUUCCUAUUGCCCGCUGUCCCUACUACCUGUACAUCAGUUCUUAUGUGCUGGUUUGUGUUGUGUCUCCAGGUAUGUCGGCCAGUCAGAGUGGUUGCAUUCAAAACGCAGAGGCAAAUUCAACUGGGACUUUUUGAAUUACAAAGAUAAACAACUCCAGGACAUAAAUAUGAGCCACACACUCAUCAACUAUAGAGGAAUGGAGAACCUGGGUAAUUACCUCAAAUUCAUCUCUUUUCCAAUGCACAUUUUAGAUGUGUAACCUGAUUGUGUUCAUGUCUUAUUUCCUCACCGUGGGUUCAAUUCAGUGAUCUUUGGGGUAUAAGUUAAGUGUUUUGACCCGUUUUGUCCUUCAUAGAGAAUCAGCGAUCUUUGCGGACUCUGUCAUUACGGGGAUGUCCUGAAGUGGACGACUGGUUCCUUGCCAGACUUCAUGUGUUCCAGGACUCUCUGGAGGAACUUGACAUCUCUCACUGUCCACGCAUCACCACAGGAGGCCUGGCUGCUCUCAGACACCUCAAGUAAUCAUCCCAUUCCUCAUAAUGUUGCCACUUUAUUGUUACUCUCACACAACGGCUGUGUUAAGUUCCUUUGUUCCUUCGUAUUUAUGUUCAGGGGGCUGCAGCGUCUGGAUGUGUCAUCUCUACCUAAAAUUUCAAGUCCUGGGUUGGUUGUUAUCCUGCUGGAGGAGAUGUUACCGCAGUGCCAGAUUACAGCCACUGGUUAUGACUACAUGCUGAGACAAGAGGGAGAGCAUGAAGCAGAGGAGCAUGUGCUGGGGCAGAGGUGAGGAACUGCAGGACUCAGAGCAACAAAAGGGGCUCCUUCAUGAAAGGAAAAGUGAGGUUUUCAGUUCACUUGGGACCGAAAGAAAAGGCAACAAUGGAGCAAAGAGACUUCCGGAAAGACAUCCGACACAGGAAGAAGAGAGAUGUUCAAUGCAGUCUACUUUUUAUUUAUUAAUUUUUUAGUAUUGCCACAGCCAGUUCUGUUACAUCAGAGUCUUGACAUGGACAAAAGUGGGUUUUCAGUUGACAUCUGCACACUGAACCUACCAGCACUGUCCCAGGUCUUGGUUUUAUCAGAGCUUGGGAACAUUAGAUAAAGCUCCUGUGGAUAAUUAUGGUUUGUGAUGAUUUUGUACCCCCACCCCGUAGAAAAUUCCGUGCCUGUUAUCUCUUUGCUGGGCCCUGUGCAUGUGUAAGGAGUACUUUCUUGAAAAAAAAAAAAAGACUUGUUUUGCUGUCUUUUAACAGUCAAUCACAUCAGUCUUCACAAAUACACACAAAGAGACUUGAGUCAAACUGAAAAUGUUUCACAUUCUGCUUAUAUUGUGUUUUCUUUCUCUUGACUGACUUAAUGACAUCAAAACAUUUCAGUCACAAGCUAUAGUACAAUGUGUUUAGGUUAGGGUUAAUUAUUUUAUUACCAAUUAUGUCAAUAUUCUUGUGAAUAGACUGAAUAAAGGUGUAUCUCUCUGAAA